CACUCUUCUCCAUUUCUCUGCAAACGCUAGCUAGAAUCUCAGCUUCUCACCGGCGCUAACUCGUGAUCUUCGAUGGCUUUGCCGAAUCAGCAGACUGUUGAUUAUCCGAGCUUUAAGCUCGUGAUCGUUGGUGAUGGUGGCACAGGAAAGACAACAUUUGUGAAGAGGCAUCUGACUGGUGAAUUUGAGAAGAAAUAUGAGCCAACCAUUGGUGUGGAGGUUCAUCCAUUGGAUUUCUUCACCAACUGUGGGAAACUCCGUUUUUACUGCUGGGAUACUGCUGGGCAAGAGAAGUUUGGGGGUCUUAGAGAUGGUUACUACAUUCACGGGCAAUGUGCUAUUAUAAUGUUUGAUGUUACUGCUCGUCUGACUUACAAGAAUGUUCCUACAUGGCAUCGUGAUCUAUGCAGGGUUUGUGAGAAUAUUCCCAUUGUUCUUUGUGGUAACAAGGUUGAUGUGAAGAACAGGCAGGUUAAGGCAAAGCAGGUUACAUUUCACAGGAAGAAGAAUCUGCAAUACUAUGAGAUAUCUGCCAAGAGCAACUACAAUUUUGAGAAGCCUUUCUUGUACCUCGCCAGGAAGCUUGCUGGAGAUCCUAACCUUCAUUUUGUGGAGUCUCCUGCUCUUGCUCCCCCAGAAGUACAAAUUGAUUUGGCUGCUCAACAUCAGCAUGAACAAGAACUUGCAGCAGCAGCAGCUCAGCCUCUCCCAGAUGAUGAUGAUGAUGCGUUUGAGUAGAUGCUUGCUUGGAUGUUUCUGCUGAGGGGCUUUUUACUACAUUUUCCUCUGCUGAAAAUUUCCAACAAUUUACACCGGCAGAAUUUGGUUUUCAGGAGUCAAUGACAGUGGAAAUUUGUAGUUAGUGUUUUCUUGACGUUAUAUAUGUUUGGAGUCUUUGUUACUGCUAUGUUAUGCUUUCUCUUGUUGAUCUACCUAUGGCUGUUAUGGGUUUUUUCUUUUAUCAAUGAAAUUUUAUAUGUUUGAACUGAUAGGUGAGGAUGAUAUUGGAUGCGCAUUACUGCUAAGU